UAACCCCAUUACAAAAUUUUAGGAUCUCCAUAUUAUUCUUGCCCUAAAUAUUUGACCAAACUUAAUUGGAUCUGCCUUUACUUUUGUUUGAAGAAAGUGGCCGGGCCAUUUUAGUCAUAUGAGGUCUAGUGGGGGAAUUGGCGUGGGUUGGAAACAGACCAGCCCUCCCUAAAGAAGAAGCUAUUUGUGGGAAAGGUAAAGGGAAAAGCCAAACACUCUUUUAAAACCAGUUAAGGGGUAAGACCCCAAAAGACAACAUUGCCAAGGCAAGCUAAAACCCCCUCCUCUCUAACCUCUCCCACCCAUACCAAAAUUUCAUACAAGAAAAGAAAGGAAUUCAUUGACUCUCCCCCUAUAUCUCUCUCUCUCUCUGCUCCCAAUUUUAUUUCUUCAAACUCCCCACUUGGUUUCCCAAUUUGGAAUUUAUUCACAAACUCUCUGCAAAUCUCUUUCAAGAUGGCAGUACUUUUCAGCAGAAUUGUCAUGAUUCUUAUUCUUCUUCUUCUUUCUCUCUGUUUCUCAGGAAUUUCGUCCUUUGGAAUCAACUACGGUCAAGUUGCUAAUAAUUUGCCACCACCUGAUAAAGUCCUUGAUCUCUUAAGCGCCCUGAAGCUCACAAAAGCAAGAAUUUACGACACCAAUCCUCAAGUCUUGACAGCAUUUGCAAACUCUAACAUCGAACUCAUCGUCACCGUAGAGAACGAAAUGCUAGCCCAAUUGAUGAGCCCUCAGCUUGCCCUUCAAUGGGUCACGACCCACAUCAAACCAUACUUUCCGGCCACGAAGAUCACCGGAAUCGCCGUCGGAAACGAAGUAUUCACCGACGACGAAACCACCACGCUCAUAGCCAAUCUUGUCCCUGCGAUGGUCAGCAUUCAUGGAGCUCUGGUUCAGCUUGGCCUUGACGCAUACAUCAAAGUCUCAACCGCAAGUUCUCUAGCAGUUCUUCAAGAGUCAUAUCCUCCAUCAGCUGGUAGCUUCAAAACAGAGGUCUCUGGUGUCAUGUACCAACUGUUACAAUUCUUGUCAAGCACAAAAGCACCUUUUUGGAUUAAUGCCUCAUAUUUCGCUUACAAGGACGACCCUCAGAGAAUCUCUUUGGACUAUGUCCUUUUCAAUCCCAAUUCAGGAAUGGUUGAUCCUUACACAAAAUUACACUACGACAACAUGUUGUAUGCUCAGGUUGAUGCAGUGGUCUUUGCUAUUGCCAAGAUGGGUUUCAAUGGCGUAGAAGUUAAGGUUUCCGAGACCGGUUGGCCUUCGAAAGGCGACGAGAACGAGGUCGGUGCGACGGUGGCGAAUGCGGCUGUUUACAAUAGGAAUUUGUUGAGAAGGCAAUUGGGAGGUGAAGGGACACCAUUGAGACCAAGGAUGAGGUUGGAAGUCUAUCUGUUUGCUCUGUUCAAUGAGGAUUUGAAACCCGGACCGACUUCCGAGAGGAAUUACGGUCUGUUUCAACCUGAUGGAACUAUGGCUUACAAUGUGGGACUGUCUGCUUUGUCAACUACUAGUGCUUCUUCUUCUUCUUCUUCUUCAUCAACCUCAUCGGCUUCUAUUUCUUUUACUUCCUCUGCUACCAAGGCUGCAAAGAUGGAAAAUCAAAGCUUGGUGUACUGGAUGUUUGUAUAUUUGCUGACCUUCCAAGUUUUUAUGAGAAGGCCAUUUUGAGAAAAAAUGGAAGUUUAUGUAAAUAUAUUACCCUUUUGGUAAGGAAAAAAAAUUUACUUUGGAGGUGGUGUGUUUUUUUUCCUUUUUGGGUCUUUUUGUAUUUCAGGACCCAAAAAAAGGGAGACCCACUUCCCAAAAAAACAAAGGCACCUGAUCAUGAUAUCCAAUUUCCAAGACAAUUCCAACACUCUCUGUCCAAAAUUAUUUCAUCAUUGAUGGAUAUGAAAAUGAGAGCUUACUUCUAAUUCUCCAAACAAAACCAAGUACUUCAAGUAGGCCAGACAUAGAUGAUGGACCUCAUCAGCUGGUUAUACCCCACAAUUGUAUCAUCCACACUGCUAGAACCUCGACCUCCUGAUCUCCGUCGGACGAAAAAAAGAGACAGCUUAUUUAUAUUAUUAUUAAAGAAAAGAGAAAAAGUCCAUUAUUUGACUACUAGUGAAACUUAUAUGUUGUAGAGAAUGAAAAUAUUUCUCAAUUUAAUUAUUUAGUGAUUAAUUGUAACGAAAUAUUGUAAGUUUUUAGAAUGCAAUUAAAUUGCGACGAAAUAUGUUGUCAGAAAAAAAUAUUUCAUUCGUGUACCCCAUAGUAUAUUAGCCAAUUUGACUCAUCUGGUUGGUUGUAAGGAAAAGAUCCCUCCUUUUGGGACGUGGAAUCCAUGACUAUUCCUAAAUCUAUAUAUAUAUAUAUAAAUUUUCUUACCUUAA